AUGUUCUUCUGUUGUUACAGUGAGAUGGCGCGGUGGAAAGCGCUCCAGCAUGGACAAUCAACAGCUUGGAUUCUUCUCUUCUGCAUUCUGCAAGUGGCGAGAGCAACGCCUGGUCCAUGUGAAGUUGAGACGGGACAAUCCAGCAUUAUAGUUGAUAUAGAAGAGAGUAGAGGAGAUCAAGUUAACCAAAGUACAGUACCAUCGGUGUUACCUAUAGUAGGAGAGCCAGAUGUAGACGUGGAGUUAUCCACAGUAUUUCCCAAGGGUCCCACGGUGUUUCAGCUAGAUGGAAAACGAUUGCAGUUGCUUCAACCGCUUGAUAGAGAUGCGGAUAACUUAUCACACAUGGUGUUUCAGCUGGUGUGUCAAGUGAAAGCUACAAAGAAGCGACGAACCAUACCUGUGAUAGUAAGAGUAUCGGACAUCAAUGAUAAUGCACCCGUUUUUCAAGGCACUCCCUACGAGACUAGUGUGUCUGAGUUGGUUCCGCUCGGCACCUUAAUCUUCGACGGCAUCAGGGCAGUGGACAUCGACGCCGGAGUCAACGGUUUAUCGGAAUACUUCAUUAUACCAGGAGAUAAUGCGACUCUAGAAGAAGCUCAUGCUGUCGAUGGAUACGGCUACUUUGCUAUACCGCUACCCCACCAAGGACAGGUUACAGUCAACAGGACUUUGGAUUAUGAACGCACGCAGAAGUAUCUAGUCACUAUUCUUGCUUCUGAUCGUUCCCGAGAUACGAAACGACGUAUGUCCAGUACCACAACAUUAACAGUGCACGUGCAGGACGAUGAUGAUCAGGAUCCUUCCUUCAUUUACAAGGGAUGCACUCUACAUGAGGGAGCCUGUUUUAAUCCGGAGUAUAGUAGUUUUGUUAAUAGCGGCGUUCUAGCCGGAAUCCUCACCAUCGAACCAGAGAAGAUCCAAGCAGUUGACAUGGAUACUCUAGAUGCUAGAAUACGGUACAGCAUCGAGAGCGGAGAACCCGACUCAUACAACACCUACUUCGCAAUAGACCAAAAUACGGGAGCUGUUAGACAACUUGUUCCUGUUGACACUACCAUAGCCAAGAAAUUCCAAUUAGUCAUAAAGGCGGAAGAAGUUAGUGAAGCUCGGCGUUUCACAACAGCAAAGCUAACGAUUACAGUACGACCGGUAGAUGCUAGUCCCCCUGUUGUUGAAGCAUCAUCGGAUGAAGGAGUUAUCGAAGAAAAUUCACCAAAGGGGACCAACGUUGUGGAUUCAAGUGGAAACCCCAUUAAAUUAACGGUUUCGGAUCCUGACUUGAGUCCAGGUGACCCAAUACCAAACUAUACAUUUGAGUUAACAACGAACUUCUUCGACGUAGAUAAAGACGGAUAUUUAGUUGCCAGCGAUGAAAAACUCGACAGAGACCCUCCUAAUACUGGCAAAUUUAGAUUCCAGGUUGUAGCCCGUGAAGCUAAUGGUGGUGCAGCAUCGGCGCCGUUCUCUUUAGCAGUGCGACUGUUGGACCAGAACGAUAACGCACCGGUUAUACCCAAAACCCAACCAAUUAUUAUUCCCGCCAGCUUGGAACCUACAGCUGUGCAUAAGGUGGAAGCGAUCGACAUCGAUGAGGGUGAGAACGCACGCGUUACAUACGCCAUCUAUCAUGUGUCUAACAAUGGCGGCAACAAGUUCACUAUUGACCCUAACACUGGAGUUAUAUCAAGUACAGGUCGCCUACAAACAGGGGAACAAUACAGUGUCACUGUCAGAGCGACUGACGCUAAAGGCCUCAGUUCUCAAGGCAUCGUGGAGUUAUCCGUAGCUCCAGGACCAAACACUCGACCACCGCAGUUUUCGACCCGAGACUACUCUGCGCCCGUCUCAGAGGGCGCUGCUAUCAAUUCAACUGUCAUUACUGUCACUGCUAAAGAUCCCGAAAAUGAACUUGUCACCUACUCAAUUGUGUCUGGUAAUGAUCUACGUCAGUUUGCGAUCGGUGCCAACACGGGCAUCAUCACCGUCAUCAGAAGUUUGGACAGAGAGGUGCUGACACGGUAUCAGCUGAUGGUGAAGGCCGAGGACCCAGGCAAGUUAGCGAGCACAGCAACCGUUAACAUCAAAGUCACGGACAUCAACGAUAACAACCCGAAGUUUGACGAAGAUUCCUAUUUGUUCAAUGUCAAAGAAGGAGCGGCAAAUGAAUUGGUAGGCUACGUACACGCGACUGACACGGACGAGGGGGUGAACGCCUUGAUCAGUUAUAGCAUACCGACGCACUUGCCCUUCGUGAUAGACAACUCCACCGGCAUGAUCAGCACCAGCACUAAGCUCGACUAUGAACACACCAAGGAAUACGAGUUCGUAGUAACGGCUACAGACGGAGCGAUAGACAAGCGACUGGGCACCGCGUCAGUGACGGUGCAAGUACAAGAUAUACCCGACGAAGCGCCCGUCUUCUCUCAGGCAUUAUAUUCGGUGCACGUACCUGAAAAUACACCUAACUACCCUGUUGUUAAGGUUCAGGCUGAAGACCCAGAUACACUACCAGAGAUAACGUACACAAUUCUAAUGGGAGAUACAGAGCUGUUUUCAAUAGAUCGUAAGACCGGUUUGAUUCGUACACUUCAGCCAUUGGACAGGGAACUGUCUGCCAGAUAUGAACUGACUGUCGGCACUGAGGAGAACAACGGACAGGGUGCGGGCGCUACCGCCACCGUAGAAGUUAUUGUUGAUCGACUGGGCACCGCGUCAGUGACGGUGCAAGUACAAGAUAUACCCGACGAAGCGCCCGUCUUCUCUCAGGCAUUAUAUUCGGUGCACGUACCUGAAAAUACACCUAACUACCCUGUUGUUAAGGUUCAGGCUGAAGACCCAGAUACACUACCAGAGAUAACGUACACAAUUCUAAUGGGAGAUACAGAGCUGUUUUCAAUAGAUCGUAAGACCGGUUUGAUUCGUACACUUCAGCCAUUGGACAGGGAACUGUCUGCCAGAUAUGAACUGACUGUCGGCACUGAGGAGAACAACGGACAGGGUGCGGGCGCUACCGCCACCGUAGAAGUUAUUGUUGAUGACAAGAACGACAACGCUCCAAUAUUCACGUCCGUAGUCCGUCCGGUGACAAUAGAAGACUCAUCUUCAAUAGGCAGUUUGGUCCAAACGGUUGAGGCCGUAGAUUCUGACGCUACUCCACCUAAUAACAGAGUCAGAUACAAAUUAGUGGGUAGAGGCAAAGCUUCGAUUUACUUCCACGUGGAGCCUGAUACAGGAGCUGUGAGAGUUCGAGACGAUUUAAGAAAGGAGACGGAUAGCGAGUAUACUGUGGACGUACAAGCGUAUGACCAAGGAGAGCCUGUGAUGUCGUCGGUCCGUAGCCUCACUGUGUACGUCAGCCAUUCUGCUACUGUGCCACCAGACGUGGGGCUCGGAUUUGCGGAUACAGUUUAUACUGAACACAUAGCAGAAAACUCCCCUAAUGGAACUCUUGUUAGGAUUCUACCUCUUCUCAAUAAGAGAGAACAUUCGCCCGAUACUCCGCUUAAGUGUAAACUCACUGAGUCUUCGCAGAAGGGAAUUUUCUACGUAAAACUAACAGAAGACAGAGACUGCGCCAUCUACCUCAACACUAGUUCUUUAGACUACGAAACUCUUGGCGAAUACUCGUUAGAAGUACAACUGGAGUCUAUUCAAGGGCUUAUCAACCCCGAGAGCAGUAAGGCGACUAUCAAAGUUCACGUGAUUGAUGCCAACGACAAUGCUCCAGUGUUCGCCUUCCCUGAACAAUCGACUAUUGCAGCCGCUAAAGGAAAAUAUUUUGCUAUUGUGACCAAAGACAUGUUAUUAGGGACGAAUGUUUUGCAAGUUAAGGCUAAAGACAAAGACAGUGGAGAUUAUGGAAAGAUAGAAUAUCACAAGAACUCCUGGACAUCAGCAGCGGAGGAGUACUUCAGCCUGGACGCUGACACGGGUGUGAUCAGUAAUAUAAAAACCUUCGAAAACGUUCCUAAGGAAAACUUACCGUUUAAAUUUAGUGUGACCGCGAGAGAUAACCCUAAAGCCGCACAGGAUUAUAAUAUUGCUCGGGCUUCCAUUGUGAUAAACCUAUUAGAAAAAGAAAACCAAUUAGUUUUAGAAGUAUCAGUUAACCCGGACACAAUGCGUCGUCGCGCCCGCAGUCUCCUCACCGCCAUCGAAGAGAAAACGGGCCUCGUGGCUGGACUUGAGAAGUUGACUGCAAGGCAUUACUUAGGAGAAAAUGGAACGUUAGAGACAGAUACGAAGGGAACCGACGUCUGGUUGUAUUUAGUCGACCCCAGCAGUGGACAAAUUUUAGCCAGAGAGUCGGUAUCGGUCAAAAAUGCAAUAGAGAGCGGCGUGCACAAGUACGUGUCGGCGCGGCUGCAGACGGGCGUGAGCGCGGUGCGCGCGCCGCUGUCGCCGAGCGCUCCGCCGCGCCGCGCGCACGCCGCCGCCGCGCCCCUCGCCACGGCGCUGCCCGCCGCGCUCAUCGCGCUCGCCGCCGUCGUGCUCGUGGCCGCCGUGGCCGCCACCAUCUACAUCUGCGCCUCCUGGAACAGGUACAAGAAGCACAAAGAGCAAGCCAUCCAGCAGUACGGCACGCUGAGCAUGAGCAUGCCCCCGCCGCGCCCGCCCUCGGGCUACGAGUCCAGCGAGGACGAGCCCGCGCCCAGAUACGAGACGCAGGUCUUGAAUAUGGCGGUAGAUGAUGCCGAUCUACAGCUGGACUUUAGUUCAAACAACCACGCAUUUAACAUUCACAGUGUGCAGUAUUUAUCCAAAGAAAAUGGUGAACGUAGUCCAACCAUUUCCGAAACAGCGACCACAGCGCGCGCAUCGAGCGUCAAUGAAAACAGCGGCACUCUCAACAACCACAACAGCCACCUGUUCGAGCCAAUCGCCAACAACUCGCCCGCCGUCCGCAACACGCAGACCCUCAACCGCCGAACAACUAACACUCACCCAUUGAACAACGCAAUUGGCACUCUACCUCGCGUCAACAACAACAACGUCGGAGGGGGCCUGCUCGCCACUACACUAGGAAGGAAAAUAAACGGAGGGAAUAACCACAAGAAGAAAGCAACACAGCCUAUAAUGGCGUACGACGAAAUACCCGGAUUGCAAAGAGCGUUAGACAACGAUAACGUCACAUUUGGCAAAAGAAACUUCACUGGUUAUUACGACCAAUCACCAGUUGAGACCACCACAGAGCUAUAA